AUGGGAAUUCCGGGCCUCGGCAAAGCAAUUGGAAAUGCCGAUCGAAUUGCGCUUUCCAGGCUUGCUGUCAGGCACUUAGAGGUGGCCAGGCGGCCUAUUAGGGUCGCCGUUGAUAUCUCGAUCUGGCUUUUCCAACUUCAGGCCGGACGAGGCGGACAGAACCCAGAACUGCGGACACUUUUCUUUCGAUUGAUACGGCUCCUUGCGUUGCCGGUGCACCCUCUUUUUGUCUAUGAUGGAAAACACAAGCCUCCCUUCAAGCGCGGUAAAGCAACUACUUCACGAAGUUACGGAUCAGCCCCGAUAAUCAGAUUGUCGAAAAUCCUCAUAGAUCUAUUCAAGUUUCCGCGACAUGAUGCCCCGGGGGAAGCUGAGGCCGAGUGUGCCAGACUCCAACAGGCAGGAGUUGUGGAUGCUGUCAUGAGCAACGACAUUGACACAUUAAUGUUUGGAUCAGGCCUCACGGUUAUGAAUUUCUCAAAAGAGAAAUCAACCGGCACCACAGCUGCUACCCAUGUCGACUGCUAUACGACAGAAACGAGGUUUGACGUGGAAGCAAACGUAAAAUUAAGCCGCGCAGGCAUGAUUCUUUUUGCAAUGCUAAGCGGCGGUGAUUAUCUUCCAUCGGGUGUUACAAAAUGCGGCCCGGGUCUAGCUGGCGAGAUUGCGAUGGCCGGAUUUGGUGAGGAUCUCUUUGAGAUCAUAAACGGGAAGGAAGAUGAGAUAAAUGUGAGACUCGAAGAAUGGCGAGAAAGACUACAGUACGAACUGGACAUGAACGAGAGUGGCUAUUUCCAAUCCAAGCACAAGGCUGUCCGGAUUCCGGAGGCGUUUCCUGAUCCUCAAAUUCUCUCGUUCUAUGCAAAACCAGUUGUUUCCAGUGCAGUCGAAAUUGAGAAUCUACGCCAGCGCCUUGUGGAUGCUUGGGAUCUUGAAAUAAAUGCCCUUGAGCUUAGGAAUUUUGUGGCCGACUUUUUCGAUUGGAAGUACCGCUCGGGAGCGAGAAAGUUGAUUCGAAAUCUCGCAGAGCCCUUGGUCUUGACUAGACUUCGACUUGGUCGGUAUCCUAUUGCCAUGUCCGGCUAUGGCUCUUACGUCCCCAAUUCAGAACUUCCUGUCCUACAAAAAAUAUACCGAAGUCGAGCACAUUUCAGUACUGGCUGUAUUCCUCAAGUGCAGCUAGAGGUGAUUCCGAUUGACAUCGUUGGGCUGGAUUUAGAUGCCGAAGAACCGAACCCACCGCCAGAGCUUUCGCAACUCACAGAGCCAGGCUCUCAGCCCAUUGAAGAUGAGGACGAAGCACCCACUGAACCGGGGCAUACAGAAGGUCUGUCUUCGAAAGUCUACCUACCUAAAAAGCCGUACGAUCCCUUUGAGCCAGAGAAAAUUUGGGUUUUUGAAACCGUGGCAAAUAUAGGGGUUCCGGAAGUGGUUGCGCGAUGGAAGAAACAGGAGGCAGAGAAGAAAAUGCCAACCAAACCCACAUCUAAGAAAACCACUAUCAGGAAGAAGAAGGUCAUUGAUCCCAGCAUGAAGCCGGGCGGUAUUCUUCGAUACACAACUGUCACAAAACCGGGCAGUGACAUGAAUAGCGUCAAAAAGGCCCAGAUUCUUGAUGCCACAAGCUUAUCAUCUUCACCACAAAAAUUAUCGAGCCAAGGUAUCCAUAGCAGUCAAUUCAGUAUUUCAUCCAAGCCUUCUUCUCCGCAAUCAGGAUGGAGGACCCAGAAGAUGAUGGAGUUCUCCACUUUAGCUGUUGAUGACCUUGCUGGUGAAUUAGCUAUAAGUUGCAACGUAACAGAUGGGCCACAUACUCAGGUACGAAUUCCACAUUUCAACAUGAGGCGUCCUGCCCUUGUUGGAGACCUUCCAAAGACUUCAGGCGACUUUGAGUCCGAUACUGGUGUAGAAAAGUACGCUAUGUUCUCACCAGCGCAUACACCAUCAUCGUCACCCACAAAGUUCAAAAUUAGCUAUACUGCUGCCGGGAGUCUCUCGCCUCUCGGAGCAGAACGCGGGCGACAACUGAAAUCCUCAAGCCCAUCACCAUUGUCAACGCCAAAGCCCCGGCGAUCACGCAGGAUCAAAGCACAGGAUUCCGGUCGUGAUGAUUCAUUGGAGAUGGCUCUUGAAUCGCUUCGUCUGUCUCCUUCAACGACGAGUGCAAGAAUGCAACCUAAAUAUGACAUCGAAAAGGCGCAAAAAAGCGUAAAGUUGGCUAAGAAGAAAGCAACGACAGGAUCCCUAACGCUUACACCCACUGAAGAGAAGACCGAUGAUGAUAUCUCAUCAGCCACUGUCUCGACACCAGUUAAAAUCGAUGAUGACCCUGAGGACCGUGCACCUCAACCUCCUAAAACCCUGACCGAGACUAUACGCAUCUAUAAAGGGUUCUGGACUGUUGAGUUACGCGAGCAAGAAACAGUUGAGCUUGCGGGCAGUGAAAUAGAGUCAGAGGAAGGAAAUGAAGACACUAAACAAAACAAGCCCAAGAAGAAACGAAUUGCACGUGUUAGCAUUUUAGACUUAAGUUGA